AUGCAACCAUACUUCGGCCUACGCGGCGCUCUUUUGAAUCGCGCCAUCAUCUGGCUGGUCGUCUGCCCAGCCUUUGUGUGCUAUGGAUACAACCAGGGAGUGACAGGGGGUCUCCUCACGCUGGAGUCGUUUGCGGAGACGUUUCCCCAGAUGAACACCUUGACCACCACUGGGGCCCAGCAGCACUACAACUCCACCAUUCAGGGUACAGUGGUCGCUCUGUACACCGUCGGCGGCAUAUUCGGAUCACUAUCAUGCAUCUACCUCGGCGAUCUCCUCGGCCGGAAAAAGGUGAUCUUUAUCACCUCGGCCAUAUCUAUAAUCGGGGCCUUGCUGAUGGCCACUUCUUUCGGACUGGCUCAAUUCAUCGUGGCACGCGUUGUACUUGGACUGGGAACGGGCGGUUAUGUUGCAACCGUGCCUGUGUGGCAGGCCGAGAUCUCGCAGGCGGGCAAGCGUGGCGCCCAUGUGGUGACAGAUGGUAUCUUCAUUGGGGCGGGCAUUACCAUAUCGCUGUGGAUUGACUUCGGAUUCUACUUCGUCACGGGUAACUCCGUGUCGUGGCGGUUCCCGCUCGCCUUCCAGAUCGUCCUGUCGCUGAUGGUGAUGGCCUUCAUCAUAUUCUUCCCAGAGUCACCCCGGUGGCUGAUAAAGCGGAAUCGUACCGAGGAGGCCCGUGAAAUCCUGACUGCGCUGGCAGAUGUCGACCCCAACGACGAAAGCAUCACCCUGGCUAUGCGCGACAUUGAACGGUCGCUGGCACUCUCGGGAUCUGGAUCGUGGAAGGACAUGCUGAGCAUGGGCGAACAGCGACUCUUCCAUCGGACGGUGCUGGCUGCGGCAGGCCAGAUGUUCCAGCAGAUGUGCGGAAUCAAUCUCAUCACAUUCUACGCGACUACCAUUUUCCAACAAUAUCUAGGCCUGGAUGCCAUACCAUCACGUAUUCUGGCUGCUGCCAUGUGCCUCACUCAGCCACUGGGCGGAUUUCUCGCUUUCUUCACAAUUGAUCGGCUCGGUCGGCGAGUUCUGAUGCUGUGGAGUGCUGUGGGCAUGUCCGCCUCGAUGGCUAUCCUAGCCGGAACAACGUCCCGAUCCGAUGAUACCGCAGCGCUGGUCGUAGCGGUGGUGUUCCUUUUCGUGUUCGAGUUCAUCUUCACCGUGGGAUACUCGGGGCUAACCUUUCUCUACGCGACGGAGGUCGCACCACUGCAGCUGCGAGCGGCCAUCAGUGCAGUUUCAACAGCUGCCGUGUGGACCUUCAACUUCCUCCUAGCUGAAGUGACCCCGGUGGGCUUCGAUACGAUCGGAUACCAAUACUACAUCAUCUUCGCGGUGUUGAACGCAGUGAUCGUGCCGACCGUGUACUUCUUCUUCCCAGAGACGAAUGGUCGGUCGCUGGAGGAGAUUGACGAAAUCUUCCUGCAGUCGAAGAGCGUGUUUGACCCACCGCGACUGGCAAGAACGUUGCCGCGGAUGCAUCUGGCAGAGGUGGUGGAUGAUCCAGAGGAGGUGGCCGAUGCGAAGGUGGGCAAGAGUUGA